GACCAAAACGAUACCAUUGAUAUUACAGACAAUGAUAUUAGAGUUCUCGGCAAUUUCCCUCUUCUCCCGCGAUUACGACGUCUUUUGCUUGCCAAUAAUCGGAUCACACGGAUCGAUCCCCAACUCGCUGAAUAUCUUCCGAAUGUGAACACGAUAGUUUUGACAAACAAUAACAUUUCCGAACUAUCGGAACUAGAACCGUUGGGUGGGCUUAAAAAAUUACAAUAUUUGAGUUUAUUGGAUAAUCCCGUUACGAGAAAAAAGCAUUAUAGAUCGUAUGUCAUUUGGAAAGUACCAAGUGUAAGAGUGUUGGAUUUUAAACGAGUACGGAAGGUGGAACGAGAGGAAGCUCAAAAACUAUUUGUCACAGCAGAUGGAUCGGAAUCAUCGCUUGCCAAGUCCAUCUCGGAAACGGCCGCAAAGACAUUCGAGCCGGGCGAAGGCAUAUUUCCAUCUACGAAUAAACCUAAUGUUCCAACUCAUGGAACGACAACGUCCGAAGACCAGAACAAGAUCAGGGAAGCAAUAAAGAACGCAAAGACUCUGGACGAAGUUGCGCGUCUUGAAAAACUUUUACAAUCUGGUCAGAUACCGUUGUCUCAGAAUGAUGACGGUGGUGGAGGUGGAGGUGGGAGUAAUGAAGAGGAAGAAGAUGAUGAAGAGAUGGAUGAAGCUUGA